AUGGAAGCUAUCCCUAAAGAUGAUUCCUCAUUAUCUGAAAGAAGAAGAGAGCUCCACAAGGAAGUUGAAGUAGCUAAGAGGAAUUUGACCCAACAGAAAACUAUAUCAGAAGUGGAGUCUAAGUUAGUAGAACAACAACUUGCAGAAGAAAACAAACUUUUAAAGGAACAAGAAAACAUGAGAGAUGUGGUGUUCACCCUUGUCCGUUUGACUCAAACCAAAACUGAUGAAAGGGAGCAAAAAUCCAAAGACUUCCUGAAGGCUCAGAAAAAAUAUACCAACAUUGUUAAAGAAAUCAAAGCAAAGGAUCUUGAAAUCAGGAUACACAGGAAGAAAAAACGUGAGAUUCAUCGGAGACUUAGAGAGUUUGCUAAACUGUAUGACACCAUUCGAAAUGAAAGAAACAAAUUUGUUAAUUUACUUCACAAAGCUCACCAGAAAGUAAAUGAAAUAAAAGAAAGGCAUAAAAUGUCAUUAAAUGAACUUGAAAUUUUAAGAAAUAGUGCAGUUACUCAAGAAAGAAAGUUACAAAAUUCUAUGCUGAAACAUGCCAACAAUGUUAUCAUCAGAGAGAGCAUGCAAAAUGACGUGUGCAAAAUUGUAUCAAAACUUCAAGAAAUGAAGGAGAAAAAGGAAAUGAAGUUAAAUAACAUUGACAGGCUUGCCAAUAUGAUCACAGUGAUUGAAGAGGAGAUGGUGCAGCUUCGCAAAAAAUAUGAUAAAGCCAUUCAGUGUCGGAAUGAGAGUGGCGUUCAGCUGAUAGAACGGGAACAAGAAGUAAGCAUUUUUUAUGAAAAAAUAAAUAUCCAAGAGAAGAUGAAACUAAAUGGAGAAAUUGAACUACAUGUCCUAGAAGAAAAGAUCCGAUUCCUGAAACUGAAGAUUGCUGAGAAACAAAGACAGAUUCAUGCAACCCAGAAAUUACUGCCAGCCAAGAGGUCUCUAGAUGCCGAUCUAACUGUACUCCAGAUUCAGUUUUCACAGUGUACAGACAGAAUAAAAGACCUGGAGAAAAAGUUUAUAAAUCCUGAGGGUAAGAACAGAACUCGCUUCCUUCCAGGGAAAGACCUGACCGAAAAAGAAAUGAUCAAAAAAUUAGAUGAGCUGGAACUACAACUGGCCAAGAAGGAGGAGAAGUUACUGGAGAAGGAUUUCAUCUAUGAACAGGUCUCCAGGCUCACGGACAGGCUCCGCAGCAAAACUCAAGCCUGCCAACAGGACACACUUCUCUUAGCCAAAAAGAUGAAUGACUAUCAGAAAAGGAUCAAAGAUGCUACUAAAAAAAUGAUGGCUCUUGUUGCUGAGCUCUCCAUGAAACAAGCCCUGACCAUCGAACUCCAAAAGGAAGUCAGGGAGAAAGAAGACUUCAUCUUCUCUUGCAAUUCCAGGAUAGAAAAGGGUCUGCCACUCAAUAAGGAGAUUGAGAAAGAAUGGUUGAAGACACUUCGAGAUGAAGAAAUGUAUGCCUUGGCCAUUGCUGAAAAAUCUCAGGAGUUCUUAGAAGCAGAUAAUCGCCAGCUGCCCAACAGUGUUUACACGACUGCAGAGCAGCGUCCAAAUGCCUACAUCCCAGAAGCUGAUGCCACUCUUCCUUUACCCAAACCUUACGGCGCGUUGGCUCCUUUUAAGCCCAGUGAACCCGGAGCCAAUAUGAGACACAUAAGGAAACCUGUUGUAAAGCCAAUUAAAAUCUGAAUAUGUGAUCCAAUGCAGGCCCCUCAAGGAGAGGACUUCAACCUGCCUGCCUCAUACCCACAGCUGGAAAAUGUGAGCUUAAUUGUUCUAAAAUCACAGAUAAGUAGGGUGACCACAAUUAAUCAACAACAGAGUGCAACAUGAUUUUCAUUUACCCCCCAACUACUAUAUUUUACGUGAUAUUGAGUAGGACAUAGAAUUGUCCUACAAUUAUGUCAACACAUAUCUUUCAAUUGCUUGUUUAUUUCUUGUCCACUAGAAAUAUGUAGUAAGGAAGGUGCUAUAAAAAUGCACUAAAAAUAAAUCCAUUUUAUGAAGUA